GUGGCGCACCACGGUGAGAAAGAGCAGUGCGCCUCUGAAGAUGCUUCAUUAUCAAACCACAUUUACCGAUUUUGAGUGACAAGCCUGCUGUCCAGUCACAACCAUGAUAGCCACCGGUGGCCUCCUGCGCAUGCACCGGCGCCAGGAUUCCCUUCGCUCUAAAAACCGAGCGGAGAACAAAAGGAAGCGGAAAGCCAAGAAGAAGAAGAAGAAGACCGACGUGGUGGUGGUGAAGGGGAAGCUCAAUCUGUGCUCCCCGGCUGGUCUGGUGGCUGCUGUUGGAGUUAUAAUCCUUAUUGUGGGGAUUUCUAUGGCCGUGUUGGGGUACUGGCCCAGUUCCAACCCACAUGGGUAUCAGUAUCGCAGCAGUGGAUCGCACCAAGCCAAGAGGACAAGUGGCUCGAAAAGUCAGAGCCAUCCUUCCAACUUGACCAGUGAUAAAGUUGUCACUGGCAAGACAAAGGUGUAUAACCAGAGCCAUGCUAACAGCAGUUCCGCGGGUCCCACACCUCACUGUGGCUUCCUCUGUGACUUCCUUGACAACUACCUGUACUCUGACAAUCUGAAGGUCUUUGGACCGCUGGUGAUGGGAAUCGGCAUUUUCCUCUUCAUUUGUGCCAAUGCAGUCCUCCAUGAAAAUCGAGAUAAGAAAACGAAAAUCAUCAACCUGAGGGAUAUCUACUCCACGGUUAUUGACCUGCACAGCAUAAAGUCAAAGGAGUACUCACCUCUAAACGGCUUGGUGAACUAUACGCAGUCAAGGAGCGCAGAUGGUCCAUCAAGCUCACGCGCGGCUCCUGGACUGCACACACGCAGUUCCUGGCCCUCUACCGGGCAUGGCUUCCCGGGCGAGUUAGGCGGAGAUGAGCCGGCCAGGCGCCCGUCGUUGGCCGAUCGGCCACGGAGCUGGUCGAGAGAUGUUCAGACGUUUACGGACACUGUCUACAGCAUCUACAAAGACUGCAAUAGCAGCCAGCAGACCGCCAAGCCCAAACAGUGGGAGACCACCUCCAUUGUCACCUCCUCUGUGAACGCUUUCACCCUACCUGUCAUCAAACUGAACAACUGUGACGUGCAGGAGUCUGACAGGGGUGAGGUGAGGGGUCGCACACAGGAAGGAAUUGUCGUCGAAGCUGCUGCUGAAAACAGCGAGGGAGGCCACAGCGAAGAGACCGACACUAAGCAGAAGGACACCUCGACAGCAGACCAACAUGAGGACAUACCUGCAGACACGGCUGACCAACAGGGAGCGCCGCAGGCCCAGCAGCAGCCACAGUGGAGCAGCCCGGUGAAGCUGUUCCCUCCAUCACCUGUUGCCAGGGAAAUGGGCUCACGACUGUCACUCAACUCCCUGACGGAUCAGCCCAGGUCUGCACGCCGCUGCAGCCUGUCUGUGUCGGCGUGUCGUCAAGGAGACAGAACCAGGCGCUUCAGCUGCCCUCGCCUGGAGCACUCCAGUAGUAAGGGCUACAUCAAACUGAAUGACCUCACGGGCGAGUCCUUCGAUACCGCAGAUACAGAUCCUCCUUCAGCUACUCCCGAGCAUGAAGAAACGAUGGACACGGUGGCAGAAGGAGUAGCUCAGGGGGAGGAGGACCAGCUGGCACCCGACACCGCUGCAGAAUCCUAGACUCUUUUUAAAAAUGAUUCCUGAUGAGCCUCUGGAACUCUUGUGCUGUUCCUUCCUGGAGACGGGAAGCGGUUACGGACUAUGGAAACAUAGCCACGAACACUCGAGAGCAAGGCUCUUUACUAAAGGCCACACCCACAGCGUUUUUAUAUUUUUUCAAUGUAGCAAGAGCAAUACUGUAAACUUUUAAGAACAGUGAGUCAUGAUUUGUUUAAAAAAAAAAUUACAGCCAGAUUUGAUUUGGGGGAUGAGAUAAGUUCUAACUUUUGUAUAACAGUAGGGUCACAAUCUUAGUGGUAGAAUUGCCAAAAAAUGACUUUACAACGUG